UCCAGAGCGCGCUGCGCCGCCGCCACCGCCGCCACCAUCACCGCCGCCGCCACCGCCACCACCACCACCGCCGCCGCCGCCACCGCGAGCACUGCGCGUCUCUAGCUCCACGCGCCACCAGCGUCCGGCCCUCUGCGCCCUGCCGCCAGCCCAGCCGCCCGUCCGCGGAGCCCCGGGUCGCCGCCACCACGCCGCGCGCAGUACUCCGCGUCAAGAAUGGGGCGGCCAAGCUGCCCAAGCCGCCCGCCGCCGCCGCGGCCGAGGCUCCCGGCGCGGGUGCGGGCAUGGAGCGCUCACAGAGCCGUCUCAGCCUGUCCGCCUCCUUCGAGGCGCUCGCCAUCUACUUCCCGUGCAUGAACUCCUUCGACGAUGAGGACGCAGCAGACAGCCGGAGGCUGAAGGGUGCCAUUCAGAGGAGCACAGAGACGGGACUGGCCGUGGAGAUGCCCAGCCGGACGCUGCGCCAAGCCAGCCACGAGUCCAUCGAAGACAGCAUGAACAGCUAUGGCUCGGAGGGCAAUCUUAACUAUGGAGGUGUUUGCCUGGCUUCAGAUGCCCAGUUCAGUGACUUCCUCGGGAGCAUGGGGCCAGCACAGUUUGUGGGCCGCCAGACCCUGGCUACCACACCCAUGGGGGAUGUGGAGAUUGGCUUGCAAGAGCGGAAUGGCCAGCUGGAGGUGGACAUCAUCCAGGCUCGGGGACUGACUGCCAAGCCAGGCUCCAAGACACUGCCAGCUGCCUAUAUCAAGGCCUAUCUGCUGGAGAAUGGUGUCUGCAUUGCCAAGAAGAAGACCAAAGUGGCCCGCAAGUCACUGGACCCACUGUAUAACCAGGUGCUGCUGUUUCCUGAGAGUCCCCAGGGCAAAGUCCUGCAGGUGAUUGUGUGGGGCAACUACGGGCGGAUGGAGCGGAAGCAGUUCAUGGGCGUGGCUCGAGUGCUGCUGGAGGAGCUGGACUUGACCACCCUGGCCGUGGGCUGGUACAAGCUCUUCCCCACCUCCUCCAUGGUGGACCCAGCCACAGGUCCUCUGCUCCGGCAGGCAUCUCAGCUGUCCCUUGAGAGCACCGUGGGGCCCUGUGGCGAGCGAUCUUAAUGCCAGGGUUGGGGAGGGGCUCCCCGAGAUGGCCUGGAGACCACCCAGCCCUGACCUGGGACCCCAGGCCCAGGGGCACAUUGGACAUUGGAGGAUGGGGUUCUUCCCCACGGUGGGGAAGCAGAAUGGGGAGACCUGCCCCCCUUGGGCCCCUCCUCGCUCCUUCACCUCCUACCCCUGAGACCUUCCCUCUCCCAGUGGGUUGGCUACACUUUUGACUUGGCCGGUUUUGACCUGGUGGAUGCGGCUAUAGUCAGAGAAAGACUGAGGCGGUGGAGCAAGCGACUCUCCUGCCCCACCCCACCCCACCUGUCACUCCCUUUGCCUCCCUGGAAGCUCGCUGCCCAGAGCCAGGUCCAGAUCCAAGCCGGCCCUCUCCAUGGUGCCAAUUACCAGCAAGUGUCUUUCCUGCGGCACCGGGUUCAGGCAGCUACUCUUGCCCCAGCGCUGACGGGGCAGUUUGCAAGGAUCCGGAGCCAGCUCCCGGGGGCCCAGAGCUCCCCACUUGAAGGGGAGUGUGGGUCUCCCUCUGCCUGCCCGUGGAAGGAGCUUUGCCGCAGCCUGUCUGAGUCCAUCCAUCCAUCCCCUCCUGCCUGCCCCUCUGCUGUAAGCUCUAGGAAUUGGGGGCCAGCAGAGAUUAAAGGAAAGGAGGAGGUGCCCCAGGCCUGGCACGGAUCCCCAGGGGUCCUUGCUCCAUGGGAUUGCAACAAGCUGGUCUGGAGCUCUUGGUGGACUGGAAGGAACAUUGUCAUCUGUGAUACGGUGGAGGACUGUGGGGACCCGAGUUUCCGGAACCUUGCCCACAGGGUUCUUUUGUGUGUAGGGGUAGUGGGAGCCGAGCUUUGAAGAAAGCUGGGAUUAAGCCUAGUGGUACCAAGGUAAGGGUUUCCCAUACAGGAGAACCCCUCCUUGUUGGAUGAGAUCAAAGGCCAUCUUGUUACCCCUCUGCCUCUGGUCUAGGGUCUUGGGGAGGUGUAAGAGCCCCUCCCAUUUUAGCCUUUUAAAAUAAACCAUCCUGUACGAAGGGCAGAAGCCACUGCCCCAGCCUCGUCACCAUGGCUCAAGGAGGUACAAGAAGAGAGAUGCAGAGCUAUGAGUGUAAGAAUUAGAGGCUCCGAUGAGGCCUGGGUAGCUGCCUUUCCUGUAGCCCUCCCUAGGGCCUGCAGGAGCCCUUUUGCAUGCGAGGGAGGACACAAUCUGGCCCCUAUAGAAGCACAUUUCUAUCACUGUCCCGGGAGCCGCCCAGCAGCCUGCCAUCUCCUCUUCACCUAGUCCCUGCUGUGUAGGGUGUAGUCCAGGUUAGCUGGGUAGUUAGUGUUCACGCCUGAGCCCUAUUCUUAGCUCAGAUGUCGUCUUUUCUUCAAGCCCCAGGCUGGGGUUAAAGGGGGGCCCCAGUACAUUCCAGAAGAUUGCGACCUCCUUCUCUAGCCUGGGCUGGAGGGGUUGCCUGGCUCCCCAAAGGCCAGCCCUUCCACCUUCUCCUCCCUGUCUUCCUCUCUCUUCCCUUAUAGGGUAGUAGCCCUGAUUGUUCAUUGUAUUCAGCAUUCUGGGGAAAUACCCUCAGCAUUGCUCUUUGGAUUCACUCCUGAGGAUCGCUGGGCCUUGUAGAGGGGCCUGGACUCCACGAGAGGGUGUCAUUUUCUACUGAGGAUGCCAGGGCUCUGUUGAACCCCCUGUUGUUCCUGGUUCUCAUACCAGGGAACUCCUUCUACUUGGAAAUUCUCCCCAUUCCCAAGCUGGCUUAGCUCUGAGUGCCCUUUAGGGUUCUGGUCCAGUUCUGUCACCUCCACGUGGAGCUGUAGACACUGCACAAGGAAGGUGCACAGGCCCCUCUUCUCCAAUUGGUCUUCAGAGUGUCCUUGAGUCUGUGGAGGGAGGGGCAGGCCCUCAGCACAAGGGAGAAGGGCUCUGGGGGGGCUCACACCUGAGGCCCACAGUUAGCCAUCACCCCACCUUUAUUUUUUUAACCAGUGUGAUAUCUCUGCAGUUAGGUUAUUACUCACUGUCUGGAAUAUUUUGAGCCAGGAGAGCGGCUUCUCUACCCAGACCCAGCCGUCUUUGCUGUGGGACAGAACCUGGCUGUCACAACCAGAGGAGGGGCUCAGCUCUUAUUUGUCAGAGAGAGAGAGAGAGAGAGAGAGAGAGAGAGAGAGAGAGAGAGAGAGAGAACACGCAGGAGCACUGGCUCCAAAGCAAUAACACCACCCUGGGGUGGUCAGUGAGGCCCCUCAGUGAUUUUCUUGUUUGUUCUGUGAAAUCUCACUCACCUCCUGGAGGGGUGUAGUGGGGGCUGGAGCCCCAUUUCUUUGUAUCAUUGUAAGCGUGUGCCCCACUUUCAAGGGGCUGUGACCACUGGGUGUGGGAACCAUAUCUGUCCUCGCCAAGGACUUGUGGAAGGAGAGUGGUUUUCAUCGUUAGCUUUGGGGAUUAUCGAGCUCAGCUUGUCCCUACUGCUGUCUGAUCCUCUGUCAACUCAAACUCUUGCCCUCUGGAGAGGAGUAAGAGGGUGGAGUUGGGGGCCUUUCUGGUGCUGGGUCUCUAGGGGUGUUUCCUUUUUCCUCUGGACAGAGGCAGUAUUUAGGACUGCCAUGGAAAGGGCCGUCUCCAUUUUCAUUUCCCAGAAUGCCUCUGCAUUCGGAAAGGCAGGGCCUGUGAAUCUUUAGUCCAUUUGCAUUUUGCAGGGAAAAAAAAGGAUACCAAAGCCCUGCUGGAGGAGAGCCAUCCUGGGGUCAUUAGUAUUCCCAGUGACACUUCUACCUAGAUCUCCUCUUCACGUCUCCUGCAGAGCUGGAGCCAGGGCAGGAUGAAGUGGGGGGGUCUCAUCCUUUCUAUCCCUUUUCUUUGGAGCCUCCUAGUGGCUCCAGAUUAUGGCGCGACUAGCUGUAGCCAAUCUGAGAGGUCAGGAAACCCAGGCCCCAGCAGGAAGUCAUUUGGCUAAGGCCCCUUAGCGUUAUGCCUGGGAGGACAGAGCUGGGAGCCACAGCCAGGAGACCAGCGCUCAGGGGCAGGUGUGCGCCAUUCCCAUUGCCAGCUUCUAAGCACAGGUGGUACUGCCCUGCUUGAUUCUCUCCUCUGGGCUAGUGCCUUUUCUGGGCUUGAAUUGGGAGAAGAGGAGGUGCCAGGGUGGCCUUUUGCUCUGGGUCAUAACCUCUCCAGGUCCAGCUGAGAGGUGGAAAACACAAGCUCCCUCCUGGGUUUGUACAGUGGGGGCUCCAGGAAGUCCCCUCUCACCUCCAGAAGGGAUAACACCACCUCCCCUAGCACUUCCCAGUGUGUCCCCCCAGUGAUUUUACUCUGACCCUCAAAGAGCAAGUGAAAGGUGGCUCAUGUUGUCAGCAGGGAGAGGCGGAGGUCCUGAGAAGCACUUGCCACCGAAGCGCCGGCUUUGACAGUGGUUGAGCGCCAGCUCCUUCUCCGGCGGCCCACAGCACAGGCGUGCAAGCACACAGCUGAAGUAGUUAACUUUUUACAAGCAGUUCACCAGUGGGCUCCUUAAGGCAGGAGACUCUGGAGCAGUUUGAGGUUCAGAAGCAGCACGGCGCCCCCACGCUCUCCCAAAGCAGAGCUGUUGCACCAGGCAAGGUCACCUGCAUUUAUUUAUUGAGCAACAGUGCUACACCAGACCCAGAGCCUUGGACCCCCUUUCUGUCCUUUGCAAUGGCUCUCUUGGCCCCCCAAGAGGGCCUGUGUCUGUGGAAUGGGACCUUGGUGGAGGAAGAGUUCCCACAAGCUUACCUGGCCAGCCCGAGGGGUCUUCAUCUCAGUAAGAGCCUGUGUGGCUGGGUGGAGGCUGGAAGCAGACAUAGGUGUUACCUCCGAGCUCUUUGUAUCCUCCUUCAGGGUGGCAGGAAGGUGGGACCCCAGAGUCCUUGGACUGGGAGCCUCCAUCCAUCUACCCACCUUUCCCUGUGUCCUCUUGGGGAGCAGGAAUAGCCUGGUCCUUCAAGGAGGGAGGGUUUUGGGGGUCUCUGAGUUGGAGUGGGUCACAUUGCAUUGUGUUCAUGACCACAUAGCUCAUGCUGGAAAUGAAAGUUUUUGGCUUUUCUA